AUGGAGCCCAGCAUUUUUGUGUCGAUCCCCUCCUAUCGGGACCCCGAGUGCCAGUAUACCAUUUGCGACCUGUUCGCCAAAGCAGCUGUGCCGGAGAGGGUCUUCAUUGGGGUUUGCUGGCAGGCGGACCGGGCGGAGGACGAAUGUUGCUUUUGGCUGGAGCCCCCCAGCCAUUUGCGUUCAAACGUGCGGGUCCUGUGGCUGAUGCCCAGGGAUGCCCGAGGGCCCUGCUAUGCCCGCGCACGAAUUCAGCAAGAGCUCUACCAGGCUGAAGACUACUACCUGCAGUUGGACAGCCACUACCGCCUCAUCCCAGACUGGGACCUGGAGCUGUUGAAGCAACUGGAGAUGUGCUCAAGCCCCAAGCCCAUCCUGAGCACAUACCCAUCGAGCUACACCCUGCCCGAGGACUAUGCGCCUGGCGGACCGGACCAGGCGACCUUGGGCGAGGCCAAGGGGCCCAUCGUCCUGUGCGCCCGGGAGUUCGGUGCGGACGGCUUCCUCCGGAUCACGGGAAAACGAUGUCGGCCUAGUGCUCGGCCGCGUGCAGGGCUCUUCUGGGCGGCUGGCUUUGCCUUCUCCUCGGGGGAAGUGGUGAAAGACGUGCCCUACGACAUCCAGUUGGAGGAUCUCUUCUUCGGGGAGGAGUCCAGCAUGGCCGUUCGGCUUUGGACAGCGGGCUGGGAUUUCUAUGCGCCGACCCAGGUCAUUGGAUUCCACCUUUGGACGCGGACGCACCGGCCCCACUUUCGAGAGCAUCACUCGGAGGAGCGGCAGAGCCGGCAGAGAGCGUCCAUGGACCGAGUGCGGCAGCAACUACAAGGUGGGUCACUGGUCAGCGGUCAGCGCAGCUUACAGGAUUACGAAGCCUUCGCCGGCCUCAGCUUCGCCUCCCAAAGCCUCACAGACAGGGCCACUUUGGGUGGUUUGUCGCCGGAAGACUUUGAGGUGGAGCCGACACCUUCGCGGCCCUCCCGAAGUCCGUAUCCUCAGGGCUUACUGCCCAGCAAUGUGGCGCAGACCUUGCAAGCGAUGUUGGGGCAGGAGCCCAGCUCCGCACCUGCCAUGCUGGUCGCGCCUUUGGCGCCCCAGCCACCCCGCGUGCUGCGAGCAGCGGAUUCUCCCGUUGGCCGUUGGCUGCGUGUGGAGGAGGUGGAGGAACUCAACUUGUCGGGGAUUUGCAUCCUGGAUCACUUCCUGACAGAGAGGUGUUUUGGCGAAGCUUCGGGAGCCGUAGACCCAACCCAGGCGCCCGCGCUGGUGCGCCGAGGCGCGCGAGCCUACCAAGCACUCCGGCCAGCGCGGCUGGGAGGAGAGAGCGUGUGGCGUAGCCAGGAAGUGCGUGGCGAUGAAAUGGCUUGGCUCACCGUGGGUCAUGGAGGUUUUCCCGAGGCCCUGGAGGCCUUGCGCCAGGCUCAGGUGUCCGCCGAGCCUUCGGAGCAGGACCUGCAAGUGGCCCUGCACAUGCUCAGCGCACUGCGGCGGGAGAUGGAUGAGGCCUACGGCCUCGAGAGCUCCCGCGCGAGCUGCAUGCUGGCGCGCUACCCCGGUGCUGGCGCACGCUAUGCGCGGCACCGCGAUGCGCUCCACCAGGGUGAACGCGGGACGGCUCGGCGCUUGACCGCGGUGUACUACUUGAACAGCGGCUGGGAAACAGAGCAUGGUGGUUGCCUCCGAGCACACCUGCCCCACGCGGCGGGCGCACGCCUGAAAGCGGCGGCCCCCACCACGAAGACGAUGGACACCACGGAGGGCGCCCAGAAGGCAGCCAUGAGCUGGAGCUGUUGGUCGGCUCGGCUCGGCUGGUGGCCUUUUGUAAGGAGAUGGCCGUGUCUACGCUCCGCGGACUGGGACGAGGACUGGUCAGGCCUCAGUAGCUCGGAAACUGAGAGCGAUCCAUUGGAGGCGGUGCACCAGCUGCGCCGAGAGCAGGUGCGGCGGCAAAGCCACGCCCAACAGCUGGGCCACGUCCCCGUGCAGGAAUUGGAGUCCAUUGAUGCGGUGUUGGGCACUUGCAUGGGAACCCGGAGCACUGGCACCUACGUGGAUUGCACCUUCGGCCGCGGCGGCCACGCGCGCUCCCUGCUGCAGCGUUUGACGCCCUGCUCGCGGCUUUGGGCCUUCGACGUGGACGCCCAAGCUGUGCAGGUGGCCCGGCAGCUGGAAGCCGAAGACCCCCGCUUUCGGAUUUUGCACCGGCCCUUCGGAGAGAUCGCCGAGGCUUUGGCCCAGGUGGGCCAAGUGGAUGGGGUGCUCAUGGACCUGGGCGUGUCGAACAACCAGGCAGAGGACUCCCGCCUCCAGGAAGGCAUGCCGCUCGACCUGCGCAUGAAUCCGUCGCAUGGGAUCUCGGCCUCCGAGUGGCUGCAACAAGUCACCGAAGAGGAGCUAGCAUGGGUCAUCCACACCUACGGCGAGGAGGAUCAGGUCAUGGCCGAGCGCAUCGCCUCAAAAGUCCUGCGCACGCAGCGGCACCGCGGGGCAUACCGCAGCACGUAUGAGCUGGCAGAGGUGGUCAAGCAGGUGAAGCUGGAGAGCUGCCCACGCGAGGUGAACCUGGGGAAAUACGCCAACAAGGUGAACCCGGGUAAGAAGACCAUCAACGCCCUCCGUGUUUUCCUCAACAGAGAGAUCGAGCAAUUGGAGGAAGGCCUGAAGGGCGCGAUGAAGCUCUUGAGGAUCGGCGGCCGCUGUGCCAUUCUCACCUUCACCGUCCGCGAGAGGCGGGCUGUGCACGAGUUCCUCCGGCAGUGGGAGGAUCCGCCACUGGAAGAGCAAGAGGAGCUGUCGCCACAAAGAUUGGCCGAGCUCUACCCCCUGAGCACCACGCCUUGUCCCUACUCGGUGCAGCGCCUGGAUGCGCCCCGCGGCCCCGGAGGCGCGGAGGUCGCGCAGCAGCCGCGCGCGCGGAGCUCGGUGCUCGUGGUGCUGCAGAAGUCCCGGCGCACGUGUCCACUACCGGAGGGCGAAAUCACACCGCGACCAGUGGCCGAACGCUUCAAGGAGCCCCGAGGGACGCCACGCCUGCGUGGCGCUUGA